CGUCACCUUGAGCAACUUCACCAAAGAUUGUACGAAAACUGGUCCGGGAAUCGAGUCGGUUUAGGAUUAUUCUUUUUUGCAUGACAGAUGUGAUUCGCGGAGGCAAGGAAACAGACUCGAUUCGCGUCGUUUUUUAUUCGAUAACACACCUGCAGCGUAAGUACUUGACGUCCGUUCCGAUCGAGGAGUGCCAGUCCACGCUCCCACAGGCAUUGGAGAUUGCGAAACAUCGUAAGGCACUCGUGAAGCAGCUCGACCAGCUGCUGAAGAAGGGGAAAUCGACCAUGUAUAGUCUUGCUGUUUUUGUCAUGCGUGAGGACUGUGAUUGUUUUUUGUCAUGCAAAAAAAAACCAUCUCAUGAAAAUUAUACACCAUCACUCUUUCCACAGGUUUGACCUUGUGAAGGUAUUGGCAAAAUGCCCGACCCAGUUGGCGUGGGAAAAGAAGCUGUACUUGGCGGAAUGCGACAAAAUUAACGAAAAACAGCGCCAGUUGCUGGACAAGGUCGCUGAAGAUGUCCAGUCGCAAAAACCAGCCAUCGCCCCGUGGAUUUGGGGCGGUUAUUGGGACGAUGCGAAGAUUGCGAUAGAGAACUACCACCAAACCGCACAGCCGGACCGGAAGAAAAACUUCAUUGCGGGGGAGAGUAAUGUGAAAAGCAAAUAUAGGCCGCUCUAUCGGUGGGUUUACAACCGGGUGGAGAGCCUGGACUUGACCGCCGAAAGUCUACCGGCGUACUUCGAUAAGCUCAAGGAGCUGAAGCCAACGAUCGACCUGGGGGACCAAGGAAGUACUUUUAUUAUGUUGAUUUCAUGUUGCGCGCAUGACAAAUUUUGGAUAGUCAUCGUAAAACGCAUGACAGAUUUGAAGUAUUAUGCUCCCGGUAGCUUCCCCUGGUUGGUGUCCUCGCGUGCCCAGGCUGCUGGCUGAAGUGGAUGAUUUUGGUUUAGCUCCCCGCAUGUAAUGCUUUAUGCGUGUCCUGUCGGAAGCAGUGUUUUCCCCAUCUUCACCACAGGUAUCGAAACGGCGCGCCAAGUCUGCCAAUGUUUGCGUUGGGCGGAUGUGGUUUUAUCGACGGAAAACAU